AUGUCAUGCCCAGGGCAGCAGAUCCUGAAGACACGGCUGGGGGGUAUAGUAUGCACGCCUACCACGGUGAAGAUGGCAUAUCGCAAGGCGUACUCCAUCAAAGACAAGCUGAAAGCAAUAGAGGGAGUCAGGAAUGGGGAGCGCCAGGCUAGCGUGUCGAGGGAUUUUGGGGUGCCAGGGGGGACCCUGCGGGGGUGGCUGAAGGACGAGCAGAAGCUCAGGUGGUUCCUGGACCAGCUGGGUGGCGACGUCGGCACGCAGAGGAAGAAGAUGCGCUUGGCCAACGAAGAAGAGAUCGAUAGAGCCGUCUAUUCCUGGUUCCUUACUUUGCGCCAACAGGGCAUUCCCCUCUCUGGGCCCAUCAUCCAGGCCCAGGCCGAGACAUUUGCCAAGCAGAUUUACGGAGGGGAAUGCUCUUUCAAAGCCAGCCACGGCUGGUUUUGGCGCUGGCAGAAAAGGCAUGGUAUUUCUAGUCAGCAGAUCUACAGUGAAAUGGAGGCCAAGGUGAUUGAUAGUGACCCAGUUAUGGUGUUCCCAGAGGAGGACAAAGCUUCAUCCUGUGAAGGAGGCUAUGUAGAUGAGCAAAUAUACAAUGCCAACAUUGCUGGACUAUACUGGAAAAUUCUUCCAAACCAAACCCAUGAGAUGGCAAUCGCUAAGCAGCCAAAUGGAUACAGAAGGGAAAAGGACCACGUGGUCGUUCUCUUAGCAGCCAACCACACUGGUAACCACAAGUUGAGACCUUUGGUAGUUGGGAAUCUCAAAGAUCCACCAACUCUUCGUCACCAUAAUCAGGACAAGUUUCCUGUAGCCUACAAACGCAACAAGCAUGCCUGGGUGACCCCAGAACUGCUGAGGGAGUGGUUCUUUGAGGAAUUUGUUCCCGGUGUCAAAUGUUAUUUAAGGAGAUGCUGCCUACAACAAAAAGCUGUUUUGCUUGUUAACAAGUGUCCAGCAAAACCCCCCGAGGAGGAGCUUCAGACCCCAGAUGGCAACAUCCGAGUUGUGUUCCUUUCCAAGAAUACAAGAAAUAAAAGCCCAUCAAUGGACCAGGGGGUCAUGUCGUCCUUCAAGCAGCUUUACAAACGGGAGCUUCUGAGACUCGUCGUGUCUUGUGAUACCACUGCUGACUUUGAAAAGUCUUUUUUCCUCACAGACGUGAUCUACCUGGUAGGCCAGGCAUGGUGCAUGAUACAUGCAGGCCAUAUUGAAAAAUGCUGGCUUUAUGGCCAAAAGGCUGCUUUUCAGAAUGGUGCCAUUGCGGAGACAUUGGGAGAAGAGUACGGCAAAGUCUUUUUGGACUUGACCAACUUAGCUGCUUUGGCCUUCAAAGGUUUGGAUUCGGAAGAGAUUGAGGAGUGGGUGCAUUUAGAUGAUUCCAUCCCAGUGAUGGAGGAAUCCUCGGAGGACAGAGGCACGGGUGAGUUGGCAACGUUAACUGGUGCCAGCGACAGCUUGGGAGAAGAUGCCAACAAAGAAGAGAGGAAAGGUCUCCUCUUUCCAUCUGCAGCCGAGGCCAUUCAAGGGCUGGAGACUGCUCUGCGUUGGUUGGAAGCUCAGGACUUUGAAGAUGUGGGCCUGCUCAAAAUCGUACAGUUGAGGUCACUAUUAACCACGGCCCGGCGGCUCCAGCAGACACAGUUACAAACCAAAGUUAAACAGUUUACAGCAGGCUGUGCUUCUGUUUCAUGA